GCUAGCAGAUAACAAUGCCCACUGCCACGCAAUCCACAUUAAAACAUCAAACGAGCGCACAGAACGCGUUUUCCGCGCAUGAAGACGGCACGAAAGUAACUCGCGCUGCAGGAACGCAUCUACAAACUGCAAAAUAAAACAAAAAUCGUGGUUAAAAAGUAGCAAACGCUCGGAUUGAGCGCUGGUCACGUGAUCCCAGCACUAGGCCUGCUGUCUGUUGUCAGUAGACGGAGAGAGAGAGGAAGGAAUAUGGCGGCUGCGAGCGACCUAAAGCGGGGCGCCGGACGAUCGUUUUAAGCUUUCUCGCGUUAACCGAGACCGGGGCUCCGCGGGACUAGUGCACGAUCGCCCCCACGGCAUCAACUUGACGGUGGUGCCCGAAAUUCCGGGUUUUAUGCGCGCGAGGAGCACGCAAAACGCUAAACUGAAGAGAAUAGAUUUUUAUCCAUAAUGAGGGGGAGACGAGGCAGGCCGCCCAAAACCCCACUGAUGCAGGAGCCCUCGUCGGGGCCGGUGCGCGGUCUAAGACCCCGUCGGACUUUGAAGCCGAAAGUGAGAGGGUCAUCGGACGAGGAGUUUGUCAGCCCGAAACGAGGAAGCCAUCAUCAUACGACACGAGGCCGGAGGAAAGCGCGAACCGCGGGUACGAGAGGCAGGGGGAGAGGUAGGGGAUCGGGCAGAGGCAGGGGACGGCGGAGCGCCACCAGCGGGGUGGUGUACGACGACCACGAAAGCGACGAAGAUGACGACGAUGCGGUCAGUUUGCGCUCAGAGUUGGACGAAUACAUUGAGGAGCAUCUGUCGGACGAGGAGGAAGACGAGGAGGAGGCCAUCAACGAUGAGUCGGACUACCUGGAGGAGCUGGAGGGAGAGGAUGAAGAUGAUGCGAGUUACUGCACGGAGAGCAGCCACGGCAGCGCUGCAGUAGGUCGAAAACGGCCAAGACCAAGACGGCCACCUUCUCCUAUUCUUGAACAAAAGGAGAUCCCUUUGCUUGAGUUGCCCGUGUCCUCCGAGGAUCUCCUCAUUCCCAACGAGCAGCUCCUCAACGCGUCGGCCAUUUACGAGGUCCUCCGCAGUUUCAGCACCGUCUUGCGCCUCUCUCCGUUCCGUUUCGAGGACUUCUGCGCUGCUCUGGUAGGUCAGGAGCAGUGCACGUUAAUGGCAGAGACGCACAUCUCCCUCCUGAAAGCUAUCUUGCGAGAAGAGGACACGUCCAACACCACGUUCGGACCUGCGGACCUCAAGGACAGCGUGAACUCCACGCUGUACUUCAUCGACGGCAUGACCUGGCCGGAGGUAGUGCGCGCUUACUGCGAGAGCGACCCCGAAUAUCACCACGUGCUCCCGGACCUGGAGGGUGAAGAGUAUCCGUUCAGCCCGUUGGAGAGUAAAGUCAAGGUCCUGCAGUUCCUAGUGGACCAAUUCCUCACCACCAACCUCGCUCGUGAGGAGCUGAUGUCCGAGGGUGUCAUUCAGUACGACGACCAUUGCCGGGUGUGCCACAGACUGGGCGAUUUGCUGUGCUGCGAGACCUGCUCGGCGGUGUAUCAUCUGGAGUGCGUGAAGCCGCCUCUGGAGGAGGUGCCCGAGGACGAGUGGCAGUGUGAGAUCUGCGUGGCGCACAAAGUGCCUGGUGUGACGGACUGUUUGACGGAGUUCCAGAAGAGCCGGCCGUACAUCCGACAGGAGCCCAUUGGUUAUGACCGGCAUCAGAGAAAAUACUGGUUUCUGAACAGGAGGAUUAUUGUAGAGGAGGAUGGCGAUAAUGAAAAUAAAAAGACCUGGUACUAUAGCACUAAAGUUCAGCUAGGUGAACUGUUGGAGGUUCUGGAUAAGCAGUACUGGGAGAAUGACCUUUGCUCUGUGAUGGAGGAGAUGAGAGAGGAGGUCCAUUCUCACAUGGACAUUACAGAGGAGCUCACUAACAAGGCUCGUGGGAAUACCAAGGCGUACCUCACUGUUGCCAAUGAUGUGAUACUUGACCGCCUGAAGACCAAGCAGGAGGCGGAGCUUGAGGAAGUGAAACGAAGGGCGGCAGAGGAGGCUGAGAAGGCCAGACAGGAAGCAGAUUUGGGUUCUGGUGAACCAGGAGGGAGCGACACUGGGACUCCUGCAAAUGGAUCGUGUUCAAAACAAGAUUCCAGUAAUGGAAACUCGACGAAUGAGCAGACGUCUGCAAACGUUGCAGCUGUCCCGGCUGAUGAAGAGAGUGGGACCGGUGUUCCUGAGACGCUCACAACGUCUAAAACCGACUCCCAGAGUCCCACAGGGAAUGCCGUGACUUGGUCUUCCGCCAAGGAGGAGAAGGAAAGUACAGAGGGGGUAAAAGAGUUGGCAGGUAAAAGCUCAGAGUCGGUUGAAGGGAAUUCUGUACUGGUAACUGAACCUCCAUCCACGGCGGAUGACAACAGCUGCAGCAGUAAUUUCUCCAUCUCCGAUUGCCUGCGAGCUCCAGAAGAACCUGACCUGGCGGAUCGGUCUUCACAGUCUUCCUUAAACAGCCAGGAAGAUGCAGGUGAUAAUAAAGCGAAUGGAGAUGGCGUUAAGACAGGAGCUUCGCGCAUGGUUACACGACUCCGCAAUCCUGAUAGCAAGCUGAGCCAACGCAAGGUCAUGCAAGACAAAGAUGGCAGCUCUCAGGAUGGAUAUAAAGCACUUAAGGAGUCUUCACCGCUAUCAUCCUUUGGCUCGAAGAGAGAUUUCAACAAGCAGGGCAUCUACGGUGGCUUUUUCAAGCUUGGCCAUGAGGGAAAAUUUCGCGUCUACCACAACCAGUACAGCACUAACACGCUGGCGCUGAACAAACACCAACAUCGCGAGGACCACGACAAACGCAGACAUCUCUCCCACAAGUUCUGCAUGACCACUGCUGCUGAAUUCAAGUGGAACGGUUCGUUGUAUGGGUCAAAAUCGCUGACUUUGUCUACACUGAGGUUAACCAUCAUCCAGCUGGAAAACAAUGUCCCUGCGCCAUUCCUACAUCCAAACUGGGCCUCACACAGGACCAACUGGAUAAAAGCUGUUCAGAUGUGCAGCAAGGCAAGAGAAUUCGCUUUAGCUUUGGCCAUUCUAGAAUGUGCUAUCAAACCAGUGGUCAUGCUGCCGAUGUGGAAGGAUUCCCUGGGUCACACAAGGCUGCAUCGUAUGACCUCUGUGGAGCGGGAAGAGAAGGAGAAGGUGAAAAAGAGGGAGAAAAAACUGGAGGAUGAAGAGACUAUGCAGCAGGCCACGUGGGUGAAGUACACGUUUCCCAUCAAACACCAGGUGUGGAAGCAGAAGGGUGAGGAGUACAGGGUGACCGGGUAUGGAGGCUGGAGCUGGGUCAGUAAAACACACGUUCAUCGUUUUCUCCCGAAACUACCUGGAAACACCAAUCCCAACUACCGAAAAGAACUUGAGGCAGCUAAAAUGGGAGUGGACAAUCAGGCAGCUUUCUCAAAAACGCUAAAAACUUCAGCAAAAACAGAGGAAAACUCUGCUUUAAAUGAGGCUGAAAAGGACAGUGUUCAAGACACAUCGUUGAAUUCUACUGAUGAAAAGCCAUCAGUGGAAAAAGAAGUUGUGUUACAAGACAAAGUUGGAGAUGUAAAGGAGAAUGAAAUCAUAGAGGAAAAGAACAACGUAAGUGAUGAACAAAACGAGAAUCAAGAAAUAGAAGGCAAGCAAGAUAAGAAAAAUGCAUCUGUAGAAAAAAUGGACACUAGCGCCCCGACUGAUGCGAAUGAUGAUAAAGCUGACAUUACAAAUGCUUCAUCAAAUGACUCACCAUUCAAAGGGGAGUCUUUUGAAAGUGAAGUAACUAAAGAUAGCUCUCCGAGUGAUCCCCAGAAUUCCCUCUUUUCUGAUGUUGUAAAUGUCAGUGAUGGAUUCCUGCAACGAACAGCAUACAAAAAGAAAGUAAAGGCCUCAAAACUUGAUGGCCUUUUAGAGAGGCGGGUCAAACAAUUCACCUUGGAGGAGAAGGAGAGGUUAGAAAAACUCAAGCAGACUGUUUCUAAACCUUUGACAGAAAAGGAAGAAAAAGACCAAAAGGUGAAGCUUGAAGAAAGUAUCCCUGAAACUCCAAAAACUAGCAAGACAGAUGCACUUGCAGGCCCAGCAAUACAUGGAAAAGACCCUGUUGUCAAAAAGCUUUAUUUUAACCAAGAUGAAGAGCAGUCGGGAACAAACACAUCGGGACAGAACAAUAACCUGGAUGUCAGGUUAAGUGACUCGGCCCCUAAAGACUGUCAGAAAUCGGCAGAACCAGAACCCAAAACAGCCAGUAGAGUAGCAAUGUCCGAGCUCAAUGGAAAUUCUUUAAGUCUUGAUACGAGCCUCAACUUGAACGCCAAGCCAGACAAAAUGUUUUUAGAAGGUGUGUGUGCUACACCUGAAAGCACAGAAACUGUUAGUGAGAACAAUGAGAAUAAUCUGGAUGUAAAAAAAACUACGCCCCCACAGGUCAAUGGCAAAGAUGGCCUCGUUGACUCACAAUGUGAGAACUUGGCCGAAAACAUUAACACAAAGGAGCUAACCAGUAGCCUUAGUGAGGAAAUCAAAGCAAUAUCACCGAAGGAACCAGUGAAGUCGCUAACAAAUGGUGAUGCCACUCAGGAGUGUCUUAAAGAAUGGACUAAUAGCUCGAUUCCUCAGGUGAAAUCUGAUGAACUUACUAACUCUGACGUGGACUAUCAACCACCUCAGAAAGUGUCCAAGUUGGAAAACGUCAGCCAAGAAACUGUAGACACUUCUGUUAGCUCGUCUGUACCUGAACCUUCCUCAGCAGCUUCAGAGCCAAACGUAAAACCUGAGGUGCCUAGUCUUAAUUCAAAGGUGGAGCCGAUGCAAGUUGAGGAAGUAAAACCUCUAGUUUCCUCCCCAGUGCAGUCAGCAGAAGAGUCCAGCUUAAGCAGCGACAUCACUGAAAACAGCAGCAGCCUUGGUGAGAUGACAACAGUCAUUACUCAAUUCACCACAACUACGACUACAGUAUCCACAGAGUCCUGCACAGUGAUGUCCUCGGGUCUUGCUUCCAAUAACGGGAUCAGUACGUCUCUACCAACAGAUUCUAAAUUGGAGUCUAGUAGCACUGUUUCGACACUCUCCACGACAAGUACAACUACUGUCACCAAAGUUACAAACUCAUCCGAGGAAGCUCUAGUAACAAAAGAGUCCAAGACUGUUGUCACAGAAACUCGAACUGGUACCAAAACAGGUCCUUGCGGGUCCUCUGUGACCUCUAUGACAGUGAGUCAAGCAUAUUCCACCAAGGACAGGGUACAGCUGUUAAAGUUCUCCCGAACCAAGAAAGCACGGUCUGGGACAGCUUUGCCGUCGUACCGCAAGUUUGUAACCAAGAGCAGCAAGAAGAGUAUCUUUGUGCUUCCCAAUGAUGAGUUAAAGAAGCUUGCGAGGCGCGGUGGCAUUCGUGAAGUUCCUAUCUUUAACUACAAUGCCAAGCCAGCCAUAGACAUCUGGCCCUACCCAUCUCCUCGACCAACAUUUGGGAUCACCUGGAGAUAUCGACUCCAGACUGUGAGGUCUUUGGCUGGAGUGAGCUUAAUGCUACGACUGCUCUGGGCCUGCCUCAGAUGGGAUGAUAUGUCUGUGAAGCCCUCACCCGCUGUAGGGACAACACGAACAGAAACAUCUGACACAGAUAUCACCACCACGGAGAUCAUCAAGCGGAGAGAUGUUGGGCCUUAUGGCAUUCGUUCAGAGUAUUGCAUCAGAAAGAUUAUCUGUCCCCUUGGGGUUCCUGACACCCCCAAAGAAACUCCCACGCCCCAAAGAAAGGGGCUACGGUCAAGUGCCCUGAGACCAAAAAAGCCAGAACCAGCUAAGCAGACAGGGCCUGUUGUGAUCGAAACUUGGGUGGCUGAGGAAGAUCUGGAGCUAUGGGAGAUAAGAGCCUUUACUGAAAGGGUUGAGAGGGAGAAGGCACAAGCGUCUGACCCGACUAAGGUUAGUGUGCAGAAGAAAGCAGAAGAGAUCAAAGCCCAAUUGGAAAAUCAGCUAAAGCAGCAGAGAUUGGCAGCCCAGCAGAAACGGUUGGAGCAGCAGAGACCUGGUGUCACCAGCAACACAUCCACCAUAACCAGCACAACUAAUACACCUGGAACCACUAAUCAGAAAGUGGUGGUGGAAACCGCUAGCGGUCAGGCAACUCCAGUGCCAAAAAUGGUAAUGGCCACCAAGCUGGGUUCUCCAGUGACAUUCCAGCAAAACAAGAACUUCCAGCAGUCCUUUGCUUCCUGGGUCAACAAGCAAGGGCAACCAGGUACUGCAGUCUCCACCAGUUCGGUUGUGACCGUGGCGGCGAGUAGCGCCACCACGUCCGGGCAAACGUUCCACAUCGCAGCUGCUACGGGGUCGAUGGGCGGCAGUGUCAUCACAGCUAAACUGCCUGUUCCAGCCAACAGCAAGAUAGUCACAGUGAACGUGCCAACCACACAAGGAGGUUUGGUGCAAGUACAGCAGAAAGUGGUGGGCAUCAUUCCAUCCAGCACAACAGGCACCGCUCAAUCCUUCCCUUCAUUCCAGCCCCGUAGUGGCACCAUCAACAUCAGACCCAACACAACCACCACCACUCAGCAGGUCAUAACAACAGGGACACCUCUCAGACCAGGAAUGACAGUGAUUCGUUCUCCCCUACAACAGCCUGCGACUAUUGGGAAGACCAUCAUUCGCACACCAGUGAUGGUUCAACAAGGUCAGGGGCAACAAACCGUUCAGACCAGUUCAGGAGUUCCAGCAGUGAGCAGUCCACCCCGCCUCCCUGCACUAAGCCAACCCCAGACUCCGCAAACACCCCCUGCGCCCCGACCACAGCAGGGUCAGGUCAAACUCACCCUGGCUCAACUGACGCAGCUCACCCAGGGGGCUCAGCAUGGAGGGAGCCAGGGCUUGACGGUUGUGAUUCAAGGACAAGGUCAAACCACAGGCCAGCUGCAGGUCAUACCUCAGGGCGUAACGGUCAUUCCGGGUCCAGGUCAGCAGCUCAUGCAGGCUGCCAUGCCCAACGGCCAAGUCCAACGCUUCCUGUUCACUCCUAUGCCCCCAGUACCAGUGUCUACACCUGCCGCCCCCUGUACGACACCCUCGUUGGGCACCCCGGUCCAAGCUGCCCCCACCACUCCUGCUGCACCCACGCAACCAGCAGUUCAGCCCGCUCCACAACCCCAAACACAAACUCCAACAUCCCAUUCACUCAUGCCACCACAAAUAGCCCCCGCUGUCCCGACCACCGCCAUUCCCCAACCGAUCUCUGCCCCGCAGCCUCGCCCUCCAGAGCAGGUCCAACCUCAGGCACAAGUCCUGCCCCAAAUCGCAGCCAAGCCCCCCACACCCGUACCCCCCGCGCCAAUACCGCAGCUGAGACCCACCAUCGCCCCAGCUCCGCAGGUCACAACACUCCCCGUAUCCCCGCAAGUGGCUCAGACCACAGUAACCAAAGUCCAGCCCCAGAUUCAGCUCCCCCCACAGCUCCUCAGCGUUCCCGGGCUUCAGCAGCAGGUCAUCUCUCACAUCCAGAGUCAGGUAGCAGCUCAGAUUCAAGCUCAGGUCCAGCAGGUCGGGACCACGGCAGGAAUUCCCCAGCAGAUCAAACUGCAACUGCCUAUUCAGAUCCAGCAGCAGAGCGGAGGGCAGGUCCAGACUCACCAGAUCCAGAACCUGGUGACGAUCCAGACGACCAGCGUGCAGGAACAGCUCCAGCGAAUCCAGCAGCUCUGCGAAAAACAACAGCAGAAGAAGAAACAGCAGGAGGCUAAGCGAGAGCAAAGUCAGCAGAACUCGAGUCAAAGUGACCUGCUGCAGAAACAGGUGGCUCAGAAGCAGAAUGUAGCCAUAGAGCAGUUGAAGCAGAAGAAAACCAUGACUCCUGCUGAGAGAGAGGAGAACCAGAGGAUGAUCGUCUGUAACCAAGUGAUGAAGUUCAUCCUGGAUAAAAUUGAUAAGGACGAGAGGCAGGCGGCUAAAAAGAGGAAACGAGAGGAGUCGGUGGAGCAGAAGCGCACCAAGCAGAACGCCAGCAAGCUGUCGGCUCUGCUCUUCAAACACAAGGAGCAGCUGAAGGCCGACAUCCUGAAGAAGCGAGCACUGCUAGAUAAAGAACUCCAGCUGCAGGUGCAGGAGGAGUUGAGGAGAGAUCUCAUUAAACUGAGGAGGGAGAAGGAGAGAGCGCAGGCCGCAGCGGCACAAGCAGCCGCAGCUGCCGCGGCAGCCGCCUCUGCCCACGCUCACACCGGCCUCUCCACGUACACGCCGACGGUUACCUCCCCCUCCUCCACACACAAACGCAAGCGGGAUGAGGAAAGAGACGCGGCGGCGGCCGCUGCCGCCAAGUCCAAACGGAAGAAAAUGAUCUCCACUACCUCAAAGGAGAACAAGAGGGACAUCAAGUUAUACUGCGUCUGCAAAACGCCCUAUGAUGAGUCCAAGUUCUACAUCGGAUGUGACCUGUGCUCUAACUGGUACCAUGGGGAGUGUGUGGGUAUCACAGAGAAAGAAGCCAAGAAGAUGGAUGACUACAUCUGCGCAGAUUGUAAACGGGCACAGGAAGGCAGCACGGAGGAGCUCUACUGCAUCUGCAGGACUCCAUACGACGAAUCACAGUUCUACAUUGGUUGCGAUCGUUGUCAGAACUGGUACCAUGGUCGCUGUGUGGGCAUCUUGCAGAGUGAAGCCACACACAUCGAUGAGUAUGUGUGCCCGCAGUGCCAGUCUACGGAGGACGCCAUGACGGUACUGACGCCGCUUACAGAUAAAGACUACGAGGGUUUGAAGCGAAUCCUGCGCUCCUUACAGUCCCAUAAAAUGGCAUGGCCAUUCCUGGAACCAGUGGAUCCGAAUGACGCUCCGGAUUAUUAUGGGAUCAUCAAGGAACCGAUGGACCUGUCAACAAUGGAGGAGAGGAUACAGAAGCGCUUUUACAGCAAACUCACAGAGUUUGUAGCGGACAUGACCAAAAUCUUCGACAACUGCCGCUACUACAACCCCAGCGACUCGCCCUUUUACCAGUGUGCAGAGUUCCUGGAGUCCUUCUUUGUACAGAAACUCAAAGCUUUUAAAGCAAGCAGAUUGUGAUGUCAUAAGUCAUAAUGGCUGGAGGGGCGGAGUCAUUCUUUGUUAUAGAAUCAUGGAACUUUCUGUUUUAUUAACAGUGGAAGCUGAUGUAUAUUUAAAUAAAAUUAGUGAUGUUUGGAGAAUGAAAAACCUGUCAAUAAAAACCCAAACUCCAGCGAUGCCUCGAUUGAUUGAAAGUCAGAGAACGGCAGCCAUGUUGAAGCACUGAACAGAAACUCUCCUGUGUCAUUUUGUGUGCUGGUCAUGUGAUCCUUUUUUAUACUGUUUACACGAAAAUAACUAUCAAUGCAUUUGUCACAAAACAUUUUUUUGGUAGGAUUGGCUAAAAGUCAUUUUCUCAUGUUCUGUUUAUUGGAAACGGUUUAUGUGAACUGGUUCGCUGAUCUCUUCAGGUUUUCAUUUCGAGGACUAAUACAUUUGCUAAUCAUGCAUAUAGUUUGCAGAACGCAUGUAGUGCAACUUUCUGAAUGCGCAAAAUCUGCGCAGUUUCAGUUUGCUUAAAAAAGUAUGGCUAUUUAAUGCUUUUGUAAGGUAUUAAAGUUUUAAAUCCUUUUUAUUAGGAUAUCAUUGUUGAAAUAAAGGACCAUGCUUAAAAAAAAAGUGAAAUUGCAUGUUUGUGUUUUUCUUUUAAAUUUAGACUGCCAUUUUUACCGGUACCAAUUGAAAUGACUGAAAGGCAUUCCCGUUUCUUCAUGCAAACAUGGCUGCCAUUCCUAAAUCCCCUGAGGCUAUUUUACAAUGUUCCUGUUCUACAGUUUUCCUUUUCACUUGUUUUAUCCUACAUGCGAUUGUUUAAUAAAACCAAAGGACUUUUAAAAUCAUUCUCUCUGUAUUCUGUAGGUCUCAUAACAACAAACUUCAGUCGUCAGCCUCAUAGAAUACAACAUCACAGGCUGUACUAAUAAACUGAAUGAACAUUUAAUUCAAGAUGGAAAUCUGUCCCAGUCAGCCAGCCAGCAUCGCACAUAGUCACGGCAUUUGACGGAAAUAAUGGACAAAAAAAAUCUGUGGUUUGCAUCAGGAAUGGACCGUUUACAUUUUGGAUUGUUAAAUAAGUCUUGACUGGGAUGUCCAUUUUUUUGGUAAUUGCCUACAAAAAUGUUUUUGUGAGUUUUUAAACCCCUUCAGAAUCGUGUUGGCAUUAUCCAGAACAACAGGAGUUAGGGUUCACCCGUUGUUUUUUCUUUUGUAAUAUGAUUCGGCACUUCGAAAGGGGAAUAUGGGCGCGAUAGGGUGGAUAUGAAAUGUUGCUUUAAGAAGGCACUAAGGACUGAUGUUGAAGCUGGUAAAAUUGAGAAGGUAUCCUGUUUGUAUAACUUUUCUUUUGUAUUACAACUGAAAAACUAUUGAUGUAUAUGAAACAAAUAAAUGGAGGGGACAGGAUUCUCUCGUCUACAUUAA